AUGGUUCGCAACAUCAAGAGCUCGUUCAACAAGGCCCACGAGAUGAUGGCCACGUGCGCAAUAAUUCUUGUCGGUCUUCUCAUCUCGAAAAUCGUGAAUUACAUAAACCCGAUGUACUUAGUAAACUAUACUCUGCGCAUACUGAUUACGUCGACCAACCAUUUUGCAGCCAACUCUCUGUGGUGGCUUAUCAUGGGCAAGCCCAUCUACAAGUGCAUAUUUGAUCGGAAUCGCUACCUACACAUGUGGAUGCCCAAGCUGCGCAAGGAUGGACUGCAGAAGGACAAACGCAGCAUGCUGGUGUCAAUGAGUACGGCUUGCUACACGAAUGCCGGCUCCUUCUAUGAGCCAGGUAGUAAAAUUUGCGCACUAAAGCAUUUUGGCUCCAGAGACACUGCUUACGCCAACUUUGUCCUGUCUUCCAAGAAAACCUCGUCUCUGAAUGUGGACGCUUCAAGUGAACGGGCCAUUCGGAUUUCAAUUGGAGAUGGUCUAUGUCAGGGGCAAAUCCUGACUGAUUGUCCUGACCACUGCAUUGUAGCACUCGAUGAGUUGCGGCUGUACGCACCGAUUUCAGUCCCCGAUGCUGCUGCCAUGCCGCCGCUCAAGCUGAGCGCCGCUCACAUCAGGCACCUAGACUAUUACAACCAAUCCGAGCGUUAACUGCUCUAAUUUUAUUAUUAGUUUUAUUUAUGUAACCCCAAAAAUAU